AGUUAAUAUGUCCCUUGCCUUGGAAAUGCUAAAGCCUUAUCAUUUUAAAAUUAAUCAUUUUUAGUUUGACAGAAAGAUGAAUUUUCAGAGCAGAGGUGAACUUAGAAGAAUUUAUUUUUCUGCUGUGUUGGAAGGAUGGGGUUUAUGACUUGGAGAAUUUUCCCACAUGCAGGGAUUUAUUGAAAGGGAAACAACUCUAAUUGGUUCUCUCACUGUCCGGGAGUAUCUAUACUACUCAACAUUGCUUCAACUUCCUGGCUUUUUCUGUCAGAGGAAGAGUGUGGUAGAGGAAGCCCUCCAUGCCAUGUCCCUGGGUGAUUAUGCAAACAAGCUGAUUGGUGGUCAAUGUUAUAUGAAGGGCCUCUCUAAUGGUGAGAGAAGGCGUGUGAGCAUUGCUCGGGAACUUGUGACAAGGCCACAUAUUUUAUUUAUUGACGAGCCUCUUUAUCAUCUUGACAGUGUCUCUGCACUUUUGAUGAUGGUUACACUGAAGAAACUUGCAAGCACAGGCUGCACUCUUAUUUUUACUAUUUAUCAAAGCAGCACAGAGGUGUUUGGCCUCUUUGAUCGUAUCUGCCUGCUUUCAAAUGGCAACACCUUGUUCUUUGGGGAAACAUUGGCUUGCUUGCAGCACUUCUCAAAUGCUGGAUUUCCUUGCCCAAUCAUGCAAAGUCCUUCUGAUCACUUUCUACGGGCCAUAAAUACAGAUUUUGACAGGAUUAUUUCAAUGUGCAAAAAUUGGCAGGAUGAUCAUGGGGAUUUCUCUCCUAUGAAUAUGGACACUGCUGUUGCAAUACGCACUCUUGAGGCCACUUAUAAAUCAUCAGCAGAUGCUGCUGCAGUUGAAACUAUGAUAUUGAGACUCAUAGAAAAGGAAGGUCCACUUCUUAAAGGCAAGGGAAAGGCUGGGAAUGCUACACGAAUUGCAGUCCUGACUUGGAGAUCAUUGUUGAUUAUGUCAAGGGAAUGGAAAUACUACUGGCUUCGUCUUAUUCUUUAUAUACUUCUUACUCUAUGUAUUGGAACAGUAUUUUCUGGCUUGGGCCAUUCUUUGUCUUCAGUUGUGACAAGUGUUGCAGCAGUCUUUGUAUUUGUAUCUUUUACUUCACUUUUAAGCAUUGCUGGAGUUGGUGCACUGAUGAAAGAAAUCAAGUGCCUUGGUGAAAAUAUCUGCAAUUUGAUCAUUAGUCUUCACAUAGGCAAGCUUUACAUCUUUCCUCUCAAUGCACUCCCUUAUGAAGUGAUAUUUGGUGUCUAUAUGCUUGCUUCGAUCAUGAAACAUUGGAUUCUUUCUCAAAGCAAUAGCUGACUUGUUAUCUAUGUAAAUGGUUGUAGCUUCAUCUUGAGAUAUGCGUAGCAUCUCCAACAACU